AUGCAACCUGAUGCCACAGCCAGCUCAUCUUGGCCUUCAGCUCCACUUGAAUGGGGAGAUAUUAAUUUUUUGCAUACUACCGAUAGUCAUGGCUGGUUGCUCGGUCACACUAAAGCUUCGCAGCCGGAACCAAACUACUCGGGGGAUUUUGGAGAUUUCGCCUCUUUCGUUGUGAACAUGAAGCAAAUUGCGGACAAAAAGGGGGUUGAUCUUUUACUUGUGGACUCGGGUGAUUUGCACGACGGCACAGGCCUCUCUGAUGGGUUCCCUCCAGGUCAGAUUGAUGGUCAAGAGAGCAACAAAUUUUUCUUUGAUGUACCCUACGAUGUCUUGGCCAUUGGAAACCACGAGUUGUACCAGUAUCCUAUCGCACUCGACAUGCAUCAAAAUUUUGCCCCCAGGUGGAACGGCCGUUAUUUGUCUUCCAAUGUUAACAUCACCUAUACGGACAAGAACGGAAGUCUAGUCGAUACACCAGUCGGUGACCGAUUUGUCAAGUUUCGAACCAAGCACAAACGCAAGGUUACUGCAUUUGGUGUUUUAUUUGAUUUCACAGGUAAUGCCGCAAACACAACUGUUCAAAAGGUUUCCGCCAUGGUUAACGAGGCUUGGUUCAAGGAUGCCAUCAAGGAAGAACCCGAUCUUUUCUUACUUGUGGGCCACAUGCCUGUACAAAAGGAUAACUGGCCGAUAGUUUUUAACGCAAUCCGUGCGGUCCAUCCCACAACUCCAAUUUUUAUUUUUGGUGGCCAUACCCAUAUUAGAGACUGCGUCCAACUUGAUUCUCGUAGUAUGUCAUUGGAAAGCGGUCGAUAUAUGGAGACCGUUGGCUGGAUGAGCGCCAAGCUUCCCAAAGCUAGCAACUCAUCUGCUCCGCUUAGCUUAACAAGACGAUACCUAGACCCGAACCGAAAUACAUAUACCUAUCACACUCAAACUAAGCGAUUCGAUACGUCAAAAGGAAAGAAGAUCACUGACGGAGUCAGCGCGCUCGCCAAGGCCUGGAACCUGACACAAGUAUACGGAACCGCCCCACAAGAUUACUACCUUAGCCGCACACCUUACCCGUCUAAUUCAUCAGUUUUGACCCUUCUUGUUAACGAAGUCAUUCCCAAGGCAUUGGCUAUCGGUAACCCAUCUCGCGCGUCUGUUCCCAACACGGUGAUUGUCAACUCGGGCUCUCAGCGUUUUGACCUAUAUGCAGGGCCAUUCACGCGUAACGACCAGUUCAUUGUGUCUCCAUUCAACGAUGCAUUCCUAUAUUUCCAGGUUCCAGCUGGCAUUGCCCGUGAUGUUUUGGACAAGCUCAACGAAAAGGGAGCCCACAAAAGAAGGGAGGUAGAGGAUCCCAACGCUUAUUCUCGGGGUGAAGUCGACCAUCGGUUCAACGAAUGGAAGCGCAGCCAGUAUGAGCGUACAUAUUACGAGCGAGAGACAGCGAAUUUGACUCUAGGAUAUGUGACGACUGAUAGUUGUCCAGGAAUUGGUGACGAUACUCUUCACUCCCCUAUUCCAUAUUAUGACGCACCCGGAUACAUUGCCUCUCCCCUUCCCUCCGGACUUUCGGACGAUACGCUUGUGGAUCUAGUCUUCCUCGACUUUUUUGAGUCGGAUGUGCUCCAGAUCGUCAACGCCUUGUCGAUCGGGACCGGCAAGACAUACUCUGGAUCCGACGUCCAACAGUAUGGCUCAGGUGAUCUGCUAACAAACACAAUCUAUAGCAUCUUUGCCACAGCAGAGUGGAACCGAGUUUAA